AUGAAGACUGAAAUACCAGUCAUAUUGUGCAAGCUUGAGAAAAUCUUCCCCCCUGCUUUUUUUGAUGUCAUGGUUCACCUUGCUGUCCACUUGCCUGAUGAGGCCAUGGUCCGUGGACCUGUGCAGUUUGGGUGGAUGUACCCCAUUGAACGGCGCUUGUAUACAUUGAAAAGAGUUGAUGAGGCUGGCCUUCUUGUUGAUGCUGCUGAGGUUGCUCGACUUAGAAAGGAAAAUGAAUCAAAGACUACUAGUGAAGAUGAGGGUGACGAGGUAGAGGAUGACACACUGAUGGAGUACUUGAGUGAAGAAGAAGCUGUCCCUGUUGAGGUUGAUAGCGAUGAUGAGUAG